CGAAAGCGAACCGAACUGAAGAGGGCUGCACAAAUUCUGCUACUUACAAUUACCGCUACCUUCCUAGUAAGUGGUUAUGCAAAGAAUGUCCAGCUAGCGCUUCUAUAACUCCAGUUGUUUAUACCACUACAUCCCAGGCUAACGAUGCAGGCCGCUACUGCAUCCAGACCUGUAUGCAGAAUACCUUUGCUAUCCUUGCCCGGCGAAUCCCUCAACAUCCUCGACCAUGGAGCCUCAUUGUGCAAAUAUCGGCUAAUCCACUGCGACCAGUACAUCGAAAACGAGAUGCUUACUAUAUGCGAAUUCGAUGAGCUCCCUGCAAAGCAAUACUGCGCCAUCUCGUAUAUUUGGCGAGGAAAACCCAUUGACGGCACAGAAGGCUCUCGCGGUGCGUUCAACGUCAAGGGAGCGGAGGAUGGCGAUCCGAUGAGUUUAGAUGUACUCUUUCACGCAUGCAUCGCAUCUCUUAAGAAAAAGGUGCAUUAUCUCUGGGUUGAUAGGCUUUGUAUCAUUCAAACCAGCAGGAACGAUAAGAUGUGGCAGAUCCGGAGUAUGUACAAAAUCUAUAAGGAAUGCGCGCUGUGCUUGGUCUUGCCUGGCGGAAUAGGCCGCCUCGUUGGGCUCAGCGAAGAAACGGAAUGGAUUCAGCGGGCGUGGACUCUGCAGGAGGUGAUGGCACCUGACGACGCAAUGGCACUCUUCAAGUGGGAAAAUGGCGAUGGUUGGUUCCACGGUCCUGUAGCGCAUGGCGACUUGGAGGUUGUCAUUCGCGGUGAGUCUGCGAUGGCGGAUGUGAUAGACCUCUGUCUGCCUUACUUAGGCGGCGUCAUGGGCGGUCAGACUUACUUUGUUCGGGACGACGAUGAGACGGACAACGAUUCGCAACCGACGCAGGUGCGCAUCAAAAUGGAACCAAUACUCUUUGGCCGCGAACCGAGUCAUGUGCUCGCGUUACUUGGAGUGUUGUGGGGGCGCGAUGCCGACCCCGUCACCCCGCAGGCGAUAUGGCGUAGCGCUCUCAUGCGUGUAUCUUCUAGACCUGUCGAUAUGGUCUUCUCCAUCAUGGGUCUCUUCGACGUCUCUCUUGAUCCCAAUGCGUUUCCUGAUCCCAAUGACCGGCUGGGUGUCACAAUCGCACUAGCGCAGGAGAUCCUACGUAAAGGAGGUAACGCGAGUUGGCUGGUAGCAUCCCUGCAGGUUCCGCCCGAAAAGCGACUGUCGACGUUUCCAAUGUUUCCCGAGACAAAAGUGGACGGAAAGGCAAGAGUGAGGGUUGCAGGCGAGUUAAAAGAGCUAGCUAAGGUGGUGGAUGAUGAGUUCUUGAGGCUUUGGUCUGUGAGAGAAGGACCGAAAGGGGGACACAUGGAUAAUAUGGGGUAUCUGACGUUUUCCAGCAAGAUCAUCGAGGUCCGGCCUAUACAGUUGCACGAGGCCCGAAAAGAUGGAUGCCAUUUUGACCAGAGUCCAGCGGGGAGGCGGGUCUUUAUGGAAGCACUUGAUGCUACCGUCUGGGAAGCUGUUUCUAAAAGCUUCCGCAGCAUAGACUCUUCAGCAUCAUCAACCUUCAAACAGAGGACCUUCGCUGUAUAUCUUGGCAUGGCUCUGACGAAUCCGUACGCUAGCCAGCCUACGUUUCAUCGAUAUAUGGAGACACAUACCUAUCUAGCAAGCAUCAUACAAGAACACUCACCAGACUGUUUUCACAGGACGACAAACAUGAUUUUAUGCCAUUGUUUUGAAAACUUUAUCAACACAUGGGAAGAGCGUGAGGUGUGCAUUGGAUCGGAAAUGCACUAGCGCAGGUCUUGUAACCAACUUCAAGCUGCUAUGGGAAAGAGGCUUCUCACACGUCUUCACAUGCGUCAAGAUGAAUAAAGGGUGCAUCAACUUCCUUGGUGCAAUAUCGCCGCUUCAGAUAACCUGGCCGGAUCUAUCUCUGUUGGUAAAGAUGUCCAAUCGAAACCACCUUCUCCCGAAAAUGCGAAGAUGCGAACGAGUGCAUCUAGAGGAAUGUUAUGAACCUGGGGCUAGACUGUUUACGAUGCGGCAAUUGCAUGAACGUAUGAGGAAUUGGCUGAUCAAAAGACCUACAUGUAUUAGAACUGUGCACUUACUUUGCGAGGUGACGGUAUUGUCUUGGAAAAGAGAAAUAUUCGAAUCGCUGUUCUGCUGACCGAACAUAUUACUUACGAGCCU